AUGAACAAGAUGUCCAACACAGUCCUGGUUGUCCUGGUGGCCGUGCUGCUGCGCUGGUGUGUGUCCCUCCACCCAUACUCCGGCCAGGGUAAGCCGCCCAUGUUUGGUGACUAUGAGGCACAGCGUCACUGGCAGGAGGUGACGGUGAAUCUGCCGCUGGCCGAGUGGUAUGCCAACACCACAGACAACGACCUGCAGUACUGGGGCCUGGACUACCCGCCCCUCACGGCAUACCACAGCCUGCUGUGUGGCAUGGUGGCACAGUGGCUGGACCCGGCCUUCGUGGCUCUGCAUACCUCCCGUGGUUAUGAGAGUGCUGGCCACAAGCUGUUCAUGAGGUGUAGCGUAGUGCUGGCCGACCUACUGAUGUACAUCCCGGCCGCUUGGUGCCUGAUGCGGGCACUGGCCAGGCGUAAAGCCGGCCACCAGGAGUUUGUGUGCCUGCUGUUGUACCCCGGCCUGUACCUAGUGGACCAUGGACACUUCCAGUACAAUGGUGUGUCCCUGGGCCUGUUUGUGGGAGCGGUGGCAGCACUGAUUGCCAGCCGGGACUGCCUGGGCUCGGUGCUGUUCUGUCUGGCUCUGAAUUACAAGCAGAUGGAACUGUACCAUGCACUGCCCUUUUUCUUCUACCUACUGGGGGUGUGCUUCAGGCAGAGGGGUGUGCUGGGGUUCGUGUGGAAGCUGGCCAAGCUGGGGUGCUCCGUAGCCUUUGCCUUCUCAGCUGUGUGGCUGCCUUUUGCUGAAGAUCCAGCCGUGCUGACCCAGGCUGUGCGGAGGCUGUUCCCCUUCGAGCGGGGGCUGUUUGAAGACAAAGUGGCCAGUGUGUGGUGCAGUCUGUCAGUGCUGGUGAAGCUCAAGACACUGGUGGACACACGCAACAUGGCUCUCAUCUGCCUGCUGUCCACGGCAGUGUGCAUGCUGCCCUCCUCCCUCCACCUGCUUGCCCGCCCCACCAGCCCUACCACGCCCACGAAGACCAUCCUGCUGGCCUCCAUCCCUGCCUGCAUGCUGGUCUCGGAGGAGCCCUUCAUGGCUGCCUGGUUCCUCACAGUCUCCACCGUCAGCCUCCUCCCCCUCAUGGCCAAGGAUGGCCUUACCAUCCCCCUAGUGGCCCUCACCAUCCUGUUUGUGGCCCUGACUCACUUCUACCUGCUGGCUGACACUCACAAGGGGGCCAAGAAGGGCCGCGUUUGGGUGUGGAUGAGGUGGACAUACUACCUUUCCCUGGCCGGCCUGGCAUUCCUUGGGACGGCCCUACUGGCCGUGGAGCCCCCGGCCAGGCUGCCAGACCUCUUCCCUGUCCUGCUGGCCAUCUACUGCUGUGGUCACUUCAUCUUCUUCUGCCUCUACUUCCACCACUGCCAGUUCAAUAUCAAGUACAACGACGCCAACAUCAACAAUGACAACGUCACUGCCGCCAAGAGUAACACCCACCGUAAAGUUAAGAGUGUGGAGGACCUGAGUGAUGGGUGCGGCGCCAAGUUCAGUGUGGUGGUCGUGUCUCCAAAGUUCUCAGGUGUCUUGGAGGACAGGCUGGUGAAUGCGGCACUGCAGGAGGAGCUGAAGGAGAUCCACGCCUUCUCCAUGAAGACUCUCACGCCCGAGCAGUGGCAGGAACAGCAGCAGUGA